AUGUCUGACAUCCAACUGAACUCCCAGCUGUUUAAGACAAGGCUCCAGCUGUUGCAGAAGAACCUGAGUCAGGAAUCGUUCCGUGGGACCAAUGGUGUUAUCGUUGUUGUUGGAUCUGGUGACGAUUCCAACCCAUACCAGAAAUCUACGGUUUUGCACACGUGGUUGUUCGGCUAUGAGUUCCCUGCUACUGCUUUGUACAUCACCAAGAAUAAGAUCACGAUCCUUACCUCUGUGGGAAAAGCAAAGCAUUUGAACCCUUUAAAGCCUGCACUGCCUGCAGGCAGUCUGGAAAUUUUGGCAAGAACUAAAGAUGCUGAUCAUAACUUGAAGUUAUUCGAAGAUUUCAUCACCGUGAUCAAGACAUCUGGAAGCAAGGUUGGUGUCAUCUCCAAGGACAAGUACGAGGGAAAGUUCAUCGAUGAAUGGAACCCAAUAUGGAACAAAAGCAAGGAAGAUUUUGAGCUUUUGGAUGUCUCUGUGGGAAUAUCGUUAGCGUUGGAAGUGAAGGAUGACGAAGAGAAUAAAGCGAUUAGGACUGCCUCCAGGACAACCGUCAACAUGUUGACUUAUUUCACUGAUGAGAUGAGCACUAUCAUAGAUGCUGAUCAGAACAUUACAAAUGCGAAGUUGGCUGAUCGCUUGGAGAACAAAAUUGAUGAUGAAAAAUUCAUUAAGGCCUGGGAUACUGACAAAUCCAUGAAGAAACUGGGAUCAGACUUUGAUUUAGGACUCUUGGAUUGGUGCUAUAGGCCGAUUGUUCAAUCUCAUGGAAAAUAUGAUCUUCGAUUCUCUGCUGAGUCUACGGAUUUGAAGUUGCAGGGAUCUGUCAUCAUCUGUUCGCUGGGUUUGCGUUACAAAUCGUACUGUUCUAACGUUUCCAGAACGUUCUUGAUCAGUCCUUCGAAGCAGAUGGAGAAGGAUUACGACUUCUUACUCUCGUUGCAGAAGAAGGUGUACUCUUUCCUCAGUGAUGGAAUCAAAAGUAAGGACUUGUUUUCCAAAACCGUCGCUUUUGUUCACUCGGAAAGGCCUGACCUGGAGAAGAAUUUCUUGAAGAACAUUGGUUCGUUAAUUGGACUGGAAUUUAGAGAUUCCACUGGUGUUUUGAAUGGCAAAAAUGAAAGGGUCAUCAGAAACGGUGCAGCCGUCAAUCUUGUGCUUGGGUUCCAGAAUCUCAAGGAUGAAAGUGGUGAGGAAUAUGCCCUAAUGUUGGCGGAUACUGUCAGAGUCACUGGCUCGGACCCCAUUCUUUUGACUGACUCUCCAACUUCCAGGUCCCAGGUUGCGUUCUACUUGGAGGACGAGGAGACAGAAAAGAACAAAGUUAAGAGCGAGGUGAAGAAGGAGACCAAACCAAAGCCUGAGCCAACCACAGGUUCUAGAAUAUUAAAGUCAAAGCUGAGAGCCGAGACCAAGAACCAGGAUGAAGAUCAGGAACAGUUGAAGAAGGAAAUCCAAAAAGAGCUUCAUGCUAGAAGACUCAAGGAAGGUUUGGCCAGGUUUUCCAAAGAAGACGCAACCGGGGAUUCUGAGAAGAAAGCUGUCUUCAAGAGGUACGAGUCUUAUGUCAGAGAAACUCAGAUUCCAUCAAACGUGAGAGAUCUUAGAAUCCACAUUGAUAGCAAGAACCAGACGAUCAUUCUUCCUAUUUGUGGCCGUCCAGUGCCUUUUCACAUCAACGCCUACAAAAACGGUUCUAAGAACGAAGAAGGAGAUUACACCUAUCUGAGACUCAACUUCAACUCUCCAGGUGCUAGUGGUGCUGGUAGUAACAAGGAAGAGAUUCCUUAUGAAGAGGGUGCGGACAAGCAGUUUGUGAGAUCCUUCACUUUCAGGUCUAAAGACGGCGAAAGACUGGCUGAGGUGUUUAAGAAGAUCACUGAUCUCAAGAAGGACGCCGUCAAGAGAGACUCUGAGAAGAAAGCGAUGUCGGAUGUCGUUGCCCAGGCCAAUUUGGUAGAGCACAGAGGUGGUAGACCAAAGAGACUGGAUGCCGUUUUCGUGAGACCAGCACCUGACUCAAAGAGAGUUGCAGGUCAAGUUACAAUCCACCAAAACGGUAUCAGAUACCAAUCUCCUGUGAGAAUGGACCAGCACGUUGACAUCCUAUUCUCCAACAUCAAGCACUUGUUUUUUCAAUCGUGCAAAGAUGAGCUCAUCGUUGUGAUCCACUGCCAUUUGAAGUCGCCAAUUUUCAUCGGCAAGAAAAAGACUCUGGAUGUUCAGUUCUACCGUGAGGCCUCAGAUAUUUCAGUCGACGAGACCGGAAACAAAAGACGUAAAUACAGGUACGGUGACGAAGACGAGCUGGAACAAGAACAGGAAGAAAGAAGACGCAAGGCUGCUCUUGAUAAGGAAUUUAGGGCUUUUGCAGAGAUGAUCAGCGAUGCUUCCAACGGGCUCGUUGAUCUUGAUGUCCCUUUCAGAGAAUUGGGUUUCAAUGGUGUUCCCUUCAGAUCGUCUGUUCUGUGUUUGCCGACGAGAGAUUGUUUGAUUCAGUUGAUGGACCCACCUUUCUUGGUGGUGACGUUGGAGGAAAUUGAGAUCGCUCAUCUGGAAAGAGUUCAAUUUGGAUUGAAAAAUUUUGAUUUGGUUUUCGUGUUUAAGGACUUCACCAAGCCGGUUGUCCACGUGAACACCAUUCCGAUGGAGACUUUGGAGGAUGUCAAGGCCUGGUUAACUGACGUGGACAUUCCUUUGAGUGAAGGUACUGUCAACUUGAACUGGCCAACCAUCAUGAAGACUAUCCAAGCAGACCCCUACCAGUUCUUCCUAGAUGGAGGUUGGGAGUUCUUGGCUGCCGACUCUGAUAGUGGGGAAGACGAAUCCUCGGAGGAGUCUGAAUUUGAGGUCAGUGACGAGAAUCCAGAAGACGAAGACGUUGUUAGUGAAGGUUACUCCGAGAGUGACUCCAACACUGAUGACGAUGCCAGUGAAGGUGGUGAAGGAGAAGAAGAUGAGAGCGACUACGGCGGAGACAGCGAAAGUGAUUAG